UGAAGGUACCUUCGUAUUUAUUUAUUAAAUAAUGAAUGAAGGUGUACACUGGGUUUAUUUUGUUAUUAGUACACUGGGUACCUUCAUUCGUACGCGCGCCCGUUCACGCUCGCCGUCGACAUCAUCUCUCGAAGGAGGAUGGCAUGACACUGCGGAGCGGGCAUUUCAGUAAAAUCACUUUUGCCCGCGGCACCCACAAAGUAGACGUGUGCUGGAACUGGACACAAAGUGACAAUGCGACGAAUUCUAUUCUCCUUCGCAACUGCAUCUUGGCCCUCAAGGAUUCGUUUGGCCUGAAACGUGAGAUAGCGCUACUAUUUUGCGCAAGGCCGGGAGGUGAUAUUAUUGUAGCCGAGCGGUUGAUUGAAUAUUUACGUGACGAAUGUGCGUUUCACAAUACAGAAUGUGACAAAGUUUCCGUCAUUUUUGAGACCUUUGCAGCAAAUGACAACUGGUGGUUGGCCGACGGAGCCGGGAACCGGGGGGUGAAAGGGAAGCGGAAAUUCAAUGCGUUAUCGGGAGAGCAAAUGUCCCAGCACACACGCAUAUGUCGUGACCUUGAUCGGGCUGCCGAUCUCGCCCAUGCUCCCUCGCACUUGUCCUCGCUUCCGGGCGUUGCCGAUAUCCGUGAAUGUGUGGCUUUUCAUGAGGGGAGAAGAAUAUUGAUUAAAAGUAUUUCACACGGAACAGGUAUCCUCAAAACUGUGGAGGAAAUCGAAUAAUGAUAAACGGUUCCUUAUCGUGGCUCUGCGGGCAGGGGAAUAGCUUGAAAAUACAACACGCAAUUGUAUUUGUAGCAUGCGGUCAGCCCUUCUGGAAAAAAACUUGACUCUUGAGUCAAUAAACCGCCCAGCAGCCUCGGCCUCCCGCCCUUGGACCUAACUACCUUCGGUACCUUCGGUACCUUCGUACCUUCGUACUAGCUAGCUGGACUACGGACAUUGCGUUUUUCAACACCAAAAGCCUGCUCUGCUGCUCAUGCUGUCCGCAUACAGCGAGAGGCAGAGCAAACGUACCUUGCAUGUAACUCGCGUUGACGCAUAUCCAUCUUGAGUGGAGGAUAACUGCGUGGAAUAAUUGCACCACACCCACGCCACCGCGACGAUACACGGUACCACAACCUACUAGAUAGAUAGAUAGGUAGAUAGAUGUGAUACCCUCGCUACAGCU